AUGACCAUCUCCAAGGGCGACACCAUCCCCAACGCCACCUUCGCCUACGUGCCGUGGUCGCCCGAGCUCGACGACGGCACCGCCUGCGGCGUUCCCACCAAGUUCCAGACCCACGACGAGUUCAAGGGCAAGAAGGUCGUCAUCAUCUCGGUCCCCGGCGCCUACACUCCCACCUGCCACGUGCGCCACAUCCCUCCCUUCCUCGAGAAGCUGCAGGAGUUUAAGUCCAAGGGCGUCGACAAGAUCUACGUCAUCGCCCAGAACGACCCCUUCGUCAUGAGCGCGUGGGGCGUGCAGAACAAGGGCAAGGACCAGGUCGUGUUCGCCUCGGACGUCAACCUCGAGUUCAGCAAGGGCGUCGGCUCCACCGUCGACAUGUCGGCCGCCGGCUUCGGCGUCAGGACCGGCCGAUACGCCCUCGUCGCCGAUGACCUCAAGGUGUCGUACUUUGCCGCCGAGGAGUCGCCCGGCGCCCUCGACGUCUCGUCGGCCGAGGCCGUCCUGUCCAAGCUCUGA